CUCAAUUCAAGAACAAAAGAAUUUUACUACAGCUAUUGUUUAAUUGCUUUCGGUUAUUGUGUAACAAUACACAAAUUAUUCGGAACAAAAAUAUUAUUACCGAACAUUGAAAUUGAAGAUAGGCUAUAUUUACUAAGUCGUAAUACCGAGCGAAUAUAGUAAUAUAGCAGAGAGGCAUUGUUCAAUACAUGGAUAUAAAAGAAAACAGAAUUAACAAUUUCAAUCAAAUGACGUUUUGCGAAAAACGUAUUCAUCCGGAAGAAAAACUGUUGAGAAAUCGAGGAUUUGUAUUGGGUAAGAAACUCGAUUCCGGGACUUUUUCCACGGUAAGAUUAGCCGAAAGAAUAACCAGUUCUUGCAAUAGUAAAAUGGCUGUUAAAAUCAUAAAUCGUUCAAAAGCAUUGAAGGUCUUCGUUGAAAAGUUCUUACCGAGAGAAUUACAAAUUCUUUCUUCUCUAAAACAUCACAACAUAGUUCAGGUUUAUUCUAUAUUUCAUCUGAAAGAGAACACUUAUAUAUUCAUGGAAUAUGCACCAAAUGGUGAUAUUACUACGUACGUACAGAACAAUGGAGCUUUAUCUGAAUCGCUAGCUAAGAAAUGGUUCGUCCAAAUUUUAGAAGCGCUACGUUAUUGCCAUCGUAAAGACAUCGCCCAUAGAGAUCUCAAGUGCGACAACAUUCUACUCGAUAUCUACAUGAACGCAAAAUUGGCCGACUUUGGUUUCGCUCGACACUGUACUGAUUUAGCAACGCAGAAGCAAAUAUUCAGCGAAACUUACUGCGGAAGUGUGGCUUACGUAGCACCCGAAGUAAUUAUAGGCAAACCUUACGACCCGAAGCUUUCUGAUAUUUGGAGUUUAGGCAUUUGUCUUUACGUUAUGAUGAAUAACGCCAUGCCUUUCAACGAUAAAAAUGUCAAAAAAAUGCUGCGAAACCAAAUAGCUAAUAAAUGGCAAUUUCGUUCAAACUUGAAUCUGAGUAUUAAUGUAAAAGAAUUAAUUAAAAGUAUUUUACAACCUUACAGUAUUCGAAGACCUUCUUUGAGAACAAUCGCUCAUCAUCCGUGGAUUAUCGAAAAUAUUCAUUCUGGACAUGCAUAAUAAUAAUGAUUUAAUAAGAUGUAAAAAAAAACUAUAUAAUUUUUGUACAUCUAAACAUUUUUCAAUUUCACAUACUUUAGAAAAAAAAUCUUAAAACACAAAAUCUCUUUAA